AUGAUUAGUUCCGGUGCUCCAUUCAAGCGUAAAAUACUACACAAUACCCCCUCCCACUCAUGACUCAUCAUCCAAAAAACACCAGCUUUAUCGUCAUUAAUUCAUCAUUUACAACUGACUGAAGAGAAACAGCUUCAUUCAAGCGAGAGAGGGUAUCUUGACAGUUACAGGGAGAAAGAGAGAGAUGAAUCAAGGACAGAACGGCUCUGAGUACAGAGGACUUGAGAAUAACCUUCACAAGAGGCACUUUGGUUUGGUAGUGGUUGAGGUUUUGGGCCUGCUGACCGUCAAUGUCUUCGCCUUGCUCGGGAAUGUUUUGAUAUGUGCAGCCGUGUAUCGUAAGCCUUCACUCAGAACGAUAACUAACAUGUUUAUCGUGACUUUAGCAAUUUCUGACAUUAUAAUGGCUGUUACUGCAAUGCCUUUAAGUAUAGGAGCUCUGAUAACUAACGUUUGGCCUUUUGGACACGUCGCUUGUCAAAUUCAAGGAUUCUUGAUACACGUUCUAGUGUUUCAGUCCGUACAGGUCAUCACACUGACGGCUAUCAACAGAAAUCUUUAUAUAGUGAGGCCGUCCUUCUAUAAGAAGAUUUUUACAAAGAAGACGACAUUAUUCAUGAUAAUUGGAGUUAUUAUUAUUUCUACUGCUGUCAUGGCUGCAUUGAUAUUUUCCUUGACGACUUACUUUGCGUUUCAUCCUGGCAAAGUCAUUUGUGUUGUUACGUUUUAUUCUCUCUCUCAAAGCAGGUUUUUUACUAUAAUAUUCUCUCUAGUCUUCAUAGUAAUUCCUUUUCUCGUAAUAUCAUUCUGCUAUGCACGAGUCAUGCAGAGAAUACGAACACACAAGCAAGAAUUCAAAGCAACAAGAGGAAUCCUAGACUUCAACUCAAGACUUGCCCGAGAAGAAGACAAACUGUCGAAAAUUGUUCUAGCAAUAAUUUUAGGAUUCGCAGCGUGUUGGAUUCCCUGUGUCGCGAUAGAUAUUGCUGACACUACACGAGAUGGUUGGCUACCGAGGCAAAUAUAUCUACUUUAUACGUUCUUCGGCUUUGCUUCGUGUGCUAUCAAUCCGAUUCUUUACGGAUGUAUGAACAAACAAGUUCGUAACGAAAUUAUGUGUAUUCUGAAGUUCUGGAGAAAGUGAAAUUCAAUGGCACUACUGUGAAUACUCUCAGCUACGAAACUUUCUUUUUCCCUGAUAUAAAAAUAAAACCGUUCGAGAUAUUUGCAUUGGUAUUAUAUUCUAAAAAAUUAAAUUGGAAGGUUCUAAUAUAUUUUCUGCGGCUACAAUUAGAGGCAGUCGGUUGUCCUGAUAUGAAGACAAUACUUUAUUAAAUCUCUUGGUUUUUUGGUGUCGAUAAUUUUGAAACUUAAAUUAGAAAUGCAAUGAUAACAUAAUCAUGUCACUACAGGAGAAACACCAGAAACUGAAAAUUAAAAAAAGCAUGGUCUGA